AUGGAGAAAAGGAAAGGAGAUAGAAAUGAGAACGAAAGGAAUAUGAAGAGGGAGAGAGGUAUAAGGGCUAAUGCUGGCAGAAGGGAAGAGAUUGGAAAAGCCUACAAACAUGAGAUAGUAGUAGCAACUACUAGACCAGAAACUGUUUUUGGAGAUGUAGCAAUUGCUGUUCAUCCAGAUGACGAAAGGUAUGCAAAAUAUAUUGGGCAACAAGUUUGGCAUGCCUUGAGAGAAACAUAUAUUCCUGUUAUUUCUGAUCCUUUAGUUGAUAGAGACUAUGGCACAGGUGCCAUAAAAGUUACACCAGCACAUGAUCCUUUAGAUUAUCAAAUUGCAAUGAAUCAUCAAUUAGAAAUCAUUGAAGUUAUUGAUGACCAUGGAAAUAUAACCGAAACAGGCAAACUAUUUAAAAAUUUGCCAAGAUUUAUUGCUCGAGAAAAAGUUUUAAACGAAUUGUCAAAUAAAGGUCUUUUAAAAAGUAUCAGCGAUCAUAAUAUGUACGUGCCAUUGUGUUCACGAUCCCAUGAUGUUGUAGAAUAUUUGCUCAAAGAACAAUGGUUUAUUAAAUGUGAAGGUAUGGCUCAAAAAGCAAUAGAAGCUGUGAAACAAGGUCAUUUAAAAAUAAUACCUAACACUUGUGAAGAUUCGUGGUAUAAUUAUCUUAAUAAUAUCAGAGAUUGGUGUAUUUCGAGACAAAUAUGGUGGGGUCAUUCUAUUCCUGCAUAUUACGUUACAGUAGAAGGUAAAACUGAAUGGAUAAUUAGUCGAACUGAAGAUGAUGCAAAAACUUUUAUACAGAAUAAAUAUGGACAAGACAUACAAUUAUAUAAAGAUCAAGAUGUAUUAGAUACUUGGUUUUCUUCUGCAAUACUUCCAUUUACAGUAAUGGGAUGGCCAAAAAAGAGUGAAGAUUUUGAAAAAUAUUACCCUUUAACAUUAAUGGAAACAGGAAGUGAUAUUCUUUUCUUUUGGGUUGCAAGAAUGGUAAUGCUAGGAUUGGAAUUAACUAAUUGCAUACCCUUUAACGAAGUUUUAUUACAUGGCCUUUUAUGUGAUACUUAUGGAAAAAAAAUGUCUAAAACAACCGGAAAUAUUGUUUCUCCAGAAAAUAUUAUUAAUGGUAUUACUUUAAAUGACCUUAUUGCACAAAUGAAAGAAAGUUAUAAUGCAGGUUUAAUUAGCGAAUCUGUUCUAAAACGAAUGUUAAGUGCAAAUAAAAAGCAGUUUCCUAAUGGUAUACCAGAACAUGGUACAGACGCAUUACGUAUGACAUUAUGCAGUCACAAUAUCAAAAAUCAACAUAUUAAAUUUGAUAUUAUGGAGUUCCAAACAAACAAAUUUUUUUUAAAUAAAAUUUGGCAGGCAAGUAAAUAUAUCCUGCUUAUGACAAGUGAACAAGUGUAUCAAAAACCUACAAAUAUGGCAAUUAUUGAUCAAUGGAUUUUAAGCAGAUUAUCUCUAAUGAUAAAUGUAGUCAAUGAUUCAUUCUCACAACGAGAUUUUCAUCAAGUUGUUGCAUCAAUGAAACAAUUCCUAUAUUAUGAAUUUUGUGAUUAUUAUUUGGAAGCUACCAAAUGGGGAUAUAAAGAUGAAGACAUGAAUAUACAUAUAAGUCACACAUAUAGCUUAAGAAAAUGUUUAGAAGCAUUUUUACAUAUAUCUGCACCUGUAAUUCCAUAUCUGUCUGACGAUUUAUACAAAAGAUUAUCAAACAAAUUUCCAGAAUUUGUAUCAAUUCCAUCACUAAUGGAAGGACAAUAUCCAGUACCAGAACAGUUCAAUGAAUGGAGAGAUGUUUCUUUAGAUGAAAGAAUAAAUGAAGUCAUAAAUAUUAUAUUAAAAAUCAGAAGUAUUAUGGGUAAUACCAGUAAAAAAUUAAAUCCAGAAGUUCACAUUGUAACAAGUAAAUCAGAAGAUUUUACUUUUUAUAAUAAUAUCAUAAAUUUAAUUAAAGGUGGAAGCAAAAUUUUUAAUAUUUUGAUAUUCUCAAAAGAUAAUUAUACGGAAAAUAAAAAUAGUAUUUCUUAUUCUUAUAGUUCUGAUUGUACGUUAUUUAUUAUCAUAGAGGUAAUUUAGAAUUUUAUAUUUAUGUUUUAUACUUGUGAUGAUUUAUAUCAUAUAAUUAUUUAUUAUUAUUUUAAUAAUUGUUAUUUCUAGAAUUCUUCUAUUUUGCAACAAUUUGAGAAGAACAUCUUGGAAGACAGUUAUAUAAAAAAAUCAAAAUCGAUCAAUUUAAAAUAA